UACCAAUCCCCAAAGGCACUGCGCGCCCCUCUCGGCGCCUGCGCGAGUUCUGAGCAGGGCGGGACUCAGGUGGGCGGGAUGCGAAGAGCUAUGGGGAAGGAUUGGAAUUCCGGAGGAUUUAAAUCGCGGGAGGAGAAGCCACCGCGGCCUAAAGAAGACCUCUGUUGAACACAGACCGCAGUUCCAGCCACCACAGCUAAUCUGGAUCAUGAAUGGGAGCCACCGUGGUCUUGGCAAGUCCGGAAACAUAGCUGAGUAGCUCAUCUAGAAAAGAGAUUUGUGUUCAGCUGAGUUAAAAGAAGUAUUUAGCUGUACCUCAAACCUCUCCUCUUGCACAACCAACCCCCAUUAUAAAAGGAAGUGCAAAAUGGAAUAAACUGAUUUUAAGUGAAUACAAGCUGUCUUUAUAUACAAAAGUAACUCAAGGAUGGUGAUGUACCCAGUCAUGCUUUCAACUGAUUUGAGAAGCCUACACCAUUCACCUUAGGUUACAUAUGAGGAUAACUUAAAACAUUAAGCUAUGCAUAAAAACUCCAAGAGAAACAAUAAUUCAAGAGUUUCUCACACAGAAGCGAACUCUGUGGAUGCUGAGAAGGAAAAAAAUGAGAGUCAAAACAACUUUUUUGAACUGCUGCCUGCAGAAAUCACUUUUAAAAUUUUCAGUCAGCUGGACAUUCGGAGUCUGUGCAGGGCUUCAUUGACAUGCAGGAGCUGGAAUGACACAAUAAGAAACAGUGACUCUUUAUGGAAACCUCACUGCAUGACUGUAAGAGCUGUGUGCCGAAGAGAAAUAGAUGAUGAUCUAGAAAGUGGUUAUUCCUGGAGGGUGAUACUGCUGAGGAAUUACCAGAAGAGUAAAGUGAAACACGAAUGGCUAAGUGGCAGAUACAGCAACAUUUGUUCUCCCAUUAGCCUACCAGAAAAAAUCAUGUACCCAAUGGAUGCAGAUACAUGGGGGGAAAUUCUAGAAGCAGAACUGGAAAGAUAAGGGGGAAAAAAAAAAUCACAAAUCUCAGGUCUUUGAAAGUUUAAAACUUAAAUGACUCUUAGGUUGCAAAAGCGAUAUCUUUAUUCGUUCAUUUUGUUGUUCACCUUUUUAAAAGAAAAUGAAAAGGAAAUAUUAUAAAAGUAAAGCUUUAUUUUUGUUUUGCACUUUAGUAAAAUUUUUCUGGUUUUAUUGUAAUGUGAAAAAAUCAUGAAAUGUUAUUUUUAUAAGAAAUAAUAUACUGAUAGAGUGAUUUCUAAAUACAAUGUUUCAUGUAUUUGUGUUAAUAUAUUUGCAAUACUAAAUGAAAGAGUGAUUUGUAUGUUCAGCUUAAUGAUAAUUCAAAAUUUCAGGAAGCCACUUUAAACUGACUUAAAGAUUCAUUAAGUGGUGAUUAUAACUAGGCUCAUGGGAAGACUAGCUAAGUGAAAUUAAUAGCAAUACAUUUAAAUUAAUACAUUGACAUUUUAAUGACUUUAACAUUUCUAUUUCAGUGGAAUCAGAUUGAAAUGUCAAAUAGUGAAACUAUUUUUAAUGUGUUAAGCCUGUGGUUUAGUUUUAAGUUAAUGUCAUCUCAGGGCUAAAGUUUGUCCAAUUGAGAUUCCCAUUACUUUUAUAUAAACCUGGAACGGCUCUCAGGAGCUGAAAGUAAGUGGAAAGUUUCCACAACACUACCAUCAGAAUGCCCCACUAGCCUGGUAAAACUCUCUUUCUGACAGCCUUAUAGCACCAUCUAGUGUGCUAUUCUUAGAUAGCAAGACAAAGGACUUUAAGCUCCUUUUUGUUUUCUCCAUAUUAAAAAGAAAACUAUUAUUCUAAAGAAUCCUUAACACUUGUCUUUGUUAAAGUUUAUAACUUUUUAGGAACCUUUAUUUUAACUUUUAAAAACUUUUGUUUCUCUUUUUUCAUAAAAACAGAUUAUAUGCUACUCACUAUAACAAAUUGUUUAUUCUGAAUCUGUGGUUACCACCAUAGUAAAAAAGUGUCUACAAACUGCUUUAGUUAGUGUGGGGUUUUCUUCUUAAAAACUGUUCUCUAUAGCAUUAAAUAUAAGAAUCCAGGAAACCAAUAUUUAACAAAUAGGCAAAUAUUAGAAAGAUGCCCCACUAUAUGCAAAUUCUGUAUGUUGAAUCAAGCAGUAGAUAAUUAAUUGUCUCCUACUAUCUUCUUAGAGUUGGAAGAGUCCUUGAAAAUCAGGCAGUCAAGUGUCCAGGACUAUUCAGUAAUUUUCUCAAUAGGAACACUGUCAGUCAGCCAGCCCAAGCUGAAAUCCUGUACUUCUACUAAUAGCAUCUCUGUUAUGUCACAGAACAGUCCAGUUGUAGUCUAGGCUUGAACUGAAGACCACCUCUCUGUAACGUUUGCCUUCUAGCCCCACUUCCACCCUCUAGAACCAGGCUGAUUCAGUCCUUCCUGUCUAUGAUUGCCAGAUAUUUGAAGACUGAUAGCCUGUCUCUUUUAUGUCUUCUCUCCAAUUCCACUGAUGAUCAUAGAGUAUAAUUUCUAGACCCAACAACAUUCUCUUCUGCCCAUUUACUCUUAACAAAAGAAAGGGGCUGUGCGCCAUGGCUCACGCCUGUAAUCCCAGCACUUUGGGAGGCCAAGGUGGGUGGAUCACCUCAGGUCAGAAGUUCAAGACCAGCCUGGUCAACAUGGUGAAACCCUGUCUCUACUAAAUAUACAAAAAUUAGCCGGGCGUGGUGGCAGGUGCCUGUAAUCCCAGCUACUUGGGAGGCUGAGGCAGGAGAAUCGCUUGAACCUGGGAGGCAGAGGUUGCAGUGAGCAGAGAUCAUGCCACUGCGCUCCAGCCUGGGCAACAAGAGUGAAACUUCGUCUCAAAAAAAAAAAAAAGAAGAAAGAAAGGUAUUCUACUAAUUUUAUUUCAUAAAAGAUAAGAAAGCACUUGGAAAUUUUCAAAGUAUGGGAAAAAUUAAAGCUAUAAGCAUUUUGCUGAAUAGCAUCUGUGUACAAUAGUAAAUGUACACAUAUAUUUUUAGCUGUUUUUUGGUAAUGGAUGUUUAUUAUUUUUGUCCAGCCCCCUUACAAUCUAUCAUCAUCAUCUGUUAAUAGAAGUUAUCCUAAUUAGGGAGACUCACCCUUCUCACUUCCAACCAUGUGUGUGGUUUUUUUGGCCGGGGUGGGGGGCAGUUUUUUGUUUUUGUUUUUUUGUUUUGUUUUUUGAGAUGAAGUCUCGCUCUGUCACCCAGGCUGGAGUGCAGUGGCAUGAUCUUGGCCCACUGCAACCUCCACCUCCCAGGUUCAAGCAACUCUCUGUGUCAGCCUCCCGAGCAGCCAGGAUUAUAGGCGCCCGCCACCAUGCCCAGCUAAUUUUUGUAUUUUUAGUAGAAACGGGGUUUCACCAUCUUGGCCUCCUGACCUUGUGAUCUACCCACCUCAGCCUCCCAAAGUGCUGGGAUUAUAGUCAUGAGCCACCGCACCCAGCUGGGUUUUUUUUUUUUUUUUUACAUUAUCCUGUUUUUCCCAGCCUCCAUGUUUAGUCCAAGGAUGGAAACAGGACCCAAUCCCCGCUUUUCAUAAGUUGGAAGAAAGAAGCCCUUUCCUCUUUGCUGAUGAAACUGUUCCCUGCCACACAAAGAAAACAGAUCUUAAGUAACAGAAUGUGGAGCCACCAGGGGAAAGAACAAUUGCAGGGAAAGAGGCCUGAUUAUAUUCCAGACCCUGGUCCCAGCCAUUCCUUAUCUGCUUACCUAAAUUAAUUCAAAUUGAGUUUCACCAUCAUACUGGGACCCCCACCUGAUGUGGUUUCGUUGCCCAUUUUUCAAAUAUGUAUUAUUUGUGGCUUACAUUAACAUCUUAGAUUUCACUCUGACUUCCUCACCAGUCAGUCUUAAUCUGCUAUAAUAUGGCCAUCACUCCAUAUGGUUGAAACUGUUGGUAUCCAAAUUACAAGUGACUUAAUUUCUAAAUCCAUUGGAUGCAUUCUACUUGUUAAUAUAUUUGACACACAUACACACUCACACUGACACACAUAAGUACUUCUUAAAACUCUCUCCUCCAUGGGUUGGAACUAUAGUCUGUUGGACUUUUCUUUCCCUACUCUAACCCGUCUUCUCAGUUUCCUCCAAAGACUCGCUUUCCUUCACCUACUCAUUACAUGUUAGUGUUCCCCGAAAGUUCCACCUGUUGUCAUCUCAUCUCUAUACUCUAACAUCCUUGGUGAUCCCAUCUACAACUCCUGUGUCAGCUACCAUUGUUGGUGCUAAUGCCGUCCAUGUCCGUGUCCCAACAUCAGAUCUCCAUGAGAUGCUCCAGAAAUACAUAUGCUAUUAUCUUUUGGAUUUUUAUCCAAAGAUAGUAUAAGUAUAUAUAUAUAUAAUAUUUGAUAUAUCCAAAGAUAGUUUAUAUAUAAGCACCUGAAUCAAAACUUACCAUCUCAUAAAAGUAGUUCUUCCUCCAGUUCCUAUCUCAGUGAAUGGCGUGUCCUGUUAGAAAAUCACCAUAUUUUACUUUUCUCCAUCAUUCUCCAAGUCCAGUCGAGUCAAUUCUUACUUGAUUUUAUCAUCCAAAUAUCUAAGUAAUUCACCUCUUCCCCAUCUUUAUCUCUGCCUCAUUACUUAAUUCUUGUCCUUAUUUGACGUUGGGAUUUCUAAAAUAACCUCUUACUGGUGUUGCUGCCUCCAGUUCCUUCCUUUUACUGUUAGCAGUGUAGUCUUUGUUAAACCCCAAAUUUAGCACGUCACCCCUAACUUAAACUCCUGACUGCAUACAGGUAGAAAUCAAAAUUCCCCACUAAAGCCCAUAGGGCCUUUAAUGAUGUGGUCUGGCCUACCUCUCCAGCCUGUUCUCUCACCACUGUCCCACCCUAUAUCUUUCCGUUCAGUCUUACAAAACUAUUUCAUAAAAAUUUUCUCACUUCUCUGCCUUUGCACAGGCUGUUUGAUAUACCUGGAGUAAUCCCCACCAUUGAUUCUUUUAUUGGCAAAAAUCUAUUGUAAAACUUAUCAUCUUGGCCUGGAAACAAUCCAUAACUACUACUGUUCUGGAUUAAGUGACUUUUUAAAUGUUCUUGUAGUUCUUUGUAUAGACCUCUCUCAAAACUGUCAUAUGACAUUAAAUUGUCUAUUUUAUUUGUGUGUUUGCCCCUUUACACUGUGAACUUCUUAAUGGCAGGGACCAUUUUUUAUUUAUUUUUGUGUCUUCAAAACCUGGCACACACUAGGUGCUCUAUAAAGAUUUGUUAAAUUAUUUCUAUAGUUAUUUAUUUUAAUCCUACACAGAAUGUAUAAAAAUAAUUUACUAUAUUGUUAGUGAAGAAGAUUGUAUCAAAAUGCAGUAUACAAUCCUUAAGGUAUGUGGGAUGCUUGAUAGUAAUACAAAUGUAUGAAUAAUUGUUCCAGUCUUCUCCAAACCUGUAAGAGGGAAAUAGGAAAAUAAAAAUGUUUUGUUUUAUUUUUUUGAACUCUUGAAAAUAAACUU